UUCGUAGGCCUUGGAAAACUUCCCCAGAAAAACUGUCCAGGAUAAUUCAAGUGGCAUAUAAGAAUUAUUUAUAGAUUAUAAUCAAAUUGUCAGUGAUUUUUCAAAUGAGGGUAUCGUUAGAAGCACACAUUUUGACGCAGAAGGGAGCAAUUUAGGUAAAGAAAAAAGUUUAAAAUCUGUUUUGAAUGACGAUAUUUGCAGGCUGAAAGCGGGUUUGCAGGUUCAACAAACUUUGAAAUCGGGAUUGAUUGCAGCGGCUUCGAAUUUGGUAUUUGGCAGGUUUUUGGCAGUGUAAGGCAGGAGCUCUGCUUUGAGCCGUAAAAAUGACUUCUGUAUGCCCCUUUGCAAGAACAGCUAAAAAAAAUGCAGAAAACUUGGUAGAAAAGGUCCAGCAAGAACAGACAGAAGAUGAAAACAAUUAUUCUGAGCAGGCUAGGGGAGAGAAAGAGGAUAAUUCAAAGAAAGGAGAAGCUCCAAAGUGUCCUUAUGGAUAUGAUUCCCAGUCAUUUAAAAUAGGACCAUUUAGCUGUGUAAUUUGUCGAGCGUUACUAUAUGAAAGCAGCAAAUGUGUACCAUGUGGCCAUAAAUAUUGCAAAGUCUGCAUUUUGCGCUUUGAGGAUUGCCCUUUAUGCGGAGCAGACAUCAAUAAAGUUGAGCCCGAUCCUGAUCUUCAAGCACUUGUUGAUCAGUUUAUUGAAGGUCAUGCUAGAAUCAAGAGAACAGUAUCUCAUUCGGAUGAUACAAAGGAAAAAGAAGAUAAUGAACAAUUUAAGAACGUUGUCUACGAGGAUGUUUCUUUGGAAAGGGGCAGCUUCCUUGUGCAGCAAGCCAUGAAAGCAUUUCAGGCCCAGAAUUUGGAGAGUGCCAAGUCAAGGCUAACUAUGUGUGCAGAGGAUAUUCAUGAGCAGAUGGGAAGGACUGAAAGUACUCCAGAAUUAUGUUCACAACUAGGGGCUGUUCUUGGCAUGCUUGGGGAUUGCUGUCGAGCAAUGGGAGAUGUUGGUGGGGCGGUCAAAUAUUACAGCGAAAGUGUUGAGUUUCUUUCCAAAUUAUCUGUUGAUGAUCCAGAGGUUGUACAUACACUUUCGGUUUCAUUAAACAAAAUUGGAGAUCUUAAAUAUUACGAUGGAGAUCUUUCAGCUGCAAAAUUGCAUUAUUCUCAAUCGCUGGAUAUUCGUAGAAAGGCUAUUAAUGAUCACACAAAACUAUCCUCACAGGUGCUUGAUGUCGCAGUUUCCUUAGCUAAGGUUGCGGAUGUAAACAGAGGCCUAGGUAAUGAAGAAAUUGCUAUUGAAGGAUUUCAAGAAGCAGUAAAAAGCUUGGAAUGUCUUUCAUUACAACCAAGCGAGGAGCCAUCUUUAGAGAAAAGGCGGCUUUCAGUUUUACAAUUUCUUCAUGACCAGCUCAAGGAGAGUCGAAAUACUGCUCCCGUUGCGGCAACCUGAAGUUGUUUUUGUUUAAAUAAGCAAUAUGAAGCUCUGGAUACAUAUUAAAGAGUGUACCAUAUAAUAUCCUACAUGGUUUAUGUAUUUACAUUAUGAAUCACUGUAUAUGUCUGUAGUAAGAAGUUAGAACCUACAACUCAUGUGGUGUGUGCCAAGUUUUUCCAUGUAUGUAUAUUCACACCAUGGAACUUUGGGUAAUUUUCGCUGUUGAUGGAAAUUUCAAAAUGACGCUCCAAUGCAAAUGCAGAGGAUCAUAGCCUUUAUGUAAAAUGGUUGUAGCUAGACGUUAGAUGUACAUUGUUCUUAUCCAUUGCAUCGAACCUAAGCUGCAAGAGUAUUAGGCAUAUCACCUGUGUCCUCAUACUACUUAUUUGCAAUAAUAAGUAAUCUGGGGUAUGAUUUUUCUUUACCUAAA